AUGGCCGAGCAAAGUGUUUCGUUUCUGCCUGGGAUGCACUGCAUGUGCAAUCAUCCUCAGCACGCGUGGGUGCCAGGCAUCAUUGACAGCUUUGACGGCAAGCACGUGUCUGUGAGCACCAUGACCCCUGCGAAGGAACAGGUGUCAAAACUUCUUCCGGAUGACGUAUUUGUGUGCGAAAAAAACGUCGUGGACGAAGACGUUCACGAUCUUUUGAAUCUUUCCGUGCUGCAUGAAGGAACGCUUUUGAACUGUCUAAAGAGCCGCUACUUUCGUGACGUGGUGUAUACAAACAUUGGAGCGAUUAUAUUGGCACUCAAUCCCUUUAACUUCAACAUUCCAUGGUACAUGGAGAACAAGAUGUCGGAUUACCUUGCGGAGGGCGAAACCAUCCAACACAAUAUUCCCCACUCAUGGGUGGUGGCACACUCGACAUACUACGAAAUGCGGCGUGAUGGUGGGAAUCAAUCCGUUCUUGUUUCAGGGGAGUCGGGUGCGGGAAAGACGGAGGCAGCAAAGAUUGUCAUGAAAUAUCUCGCCGCCGUCAGUGCGCUUAGCUGCACCGAGGAGGAAAAAAAGACCGGGGAGUUUGUUGGACUACGCAUGUUUCAAUCUAACCCCAUUCUGGAGGCGUUUGGGAACGCCAAGACAGUGCGCAAUGACAACAGCUCUCGCUUUGGGAAACUUAUGCGCAUUAAGUUUAACCGAAAGGGAUUGUUGACAGGGGCAGAUGUGACAAAGUAUUUACUGGAGAAAUCACGCAUUGUAACUUCAGCCCCGAAUGAACGAGUUUACCACGCCUUUUAUCUUAUUCUGCAAGGUCGGGAUAGGGAGCGGUACGGUCUUGCCGAGCUCUCACGGUACCGUAACGUUAUUGCCGGAAAGGCACCCACUAUUGAGAACGUGGACGACGCAGAGGAAUACGAUUCCGUGAACAAGGCGAUGGAAAUUUGUGGCAUUUCUCAAGCGAACGUGGACUCGGUGUGGCGUUGCGUAGGGGCCGUGAUGUCGCUACUCAAUGCGGAGUUUAUUGCCACAAGUACCGACACAUGUGCGAUUGAUUCAAAGACAAAUCAUUACAUUGCGAAUGGUUGUCGCCUACUCUCCAUCUCUGAAGAGGAGCUAAAGAAGGAGUUAACGACGACCACGCUCAUACUACGUGAGGGACCGGUACCUACCACACUCACAAAAGCUAAGGCAGAUGACGCUAGGGAUUCACUAUGCAAAGCCCUCUACGAUAAUCUUUUUGACUUUCUUGUGAACGCCAUUAACAAAACAAUAGACACGGAAGACUACACAAGUUGGGUGGCGUUGCUAGAUAUAUUUGGAUUUGAAGACUUUAAAGUAAACUCCUUUGAGCAGCUGUGUAUCAAUCUUACGAAUGAAACGCUGCAGAGGCACUACAAUUAUUUUAUUUUUUCGCGGGAUAUGGAUGAGUGUCGUCAGGAGGGAAUUGAUGUGACGGCAGUUGUCUUCCCUGAUAAUAGUGAAUGCGUGGAAUUGAUUGGGGGCAAGGGUGGUAUUCUUUCGAUACUGGACGAAGACUGCCUCUUGGCGAAGGCAACGGAUAACAGCUUUCUUGAUAAGGUAACUAACGCGUUUGCCGGCAAAUGUCGUUUUUUUGAGAGACCACGUUUGGCCAAGGCGCCUUGUUUUCGGAUUGUACAUUACGCAGGGACGGUGACUUAUGAGGUGGAUGGCUUUAUUGAAAAAAACCGUGACACCCUUAAGGAUAGCUUUAAAAUACUGCUCAAUACCAGUGGGGAUGCUCUGGUUCAAACUUUAUUUCCCAUGCCAAACCCAGAAAGUCGAGUGCGUUAUACUGUCGGUGGUUUCUUUCGAAAUCAAAUGAAGGAACUUAUGGUGGUGAUAAACGCCACAAAUCCACAUUGGAUCCGUUGCAUCAAACCCCACCCUGCAAAGAAACCAUUACAUUUUGACGGUGUGCAAACAUUAGCGCAACUACGUAGCUGUGGUGUGCUUGGUACUGUGCAGAUUCGCAAGGCAGGGUAUCCCAUUCGUAUUCCACAUGUUGAGUUUGCAAGGAAAAACAAAGUUCUGGUACUCUCUGAGGCGCUGGACUUUAGCGACGCCUUGGGGGUGGCGCACGCUGUUUUGAAAAGCGUUGGAUUUGACUCCCGAAAGGCACAAAUAGGGAAGUCGCGUGUCUUCCUCAAGUCCGAUGCAUAUCAGCAACUGGAGGUCGUGAAGAAGCAGCGUCUGCAGGUGUUUUUGAGAGUGGCAGUGGGUGGCGCUUUGGUCUCUUUGGCACGAAUGCGCACCGCGGCUUUGCUUCGCCGUCGCUCCACGGAGAUUGUUGAGGUCUUCCUCCUGUGGCGGAACAGCCAACAAAUUUAUCGCAAGAAGGAAUACAGUUUUCGUAGGGAAGAAAUUAUUUCGAAUAUUUUUCAACUAUUAAAGUUGCAGAAAAAUGAAAUGGAGGCGAGAAAUGCUUUUGUGGAGGAACGCGAGAACUUCUACAAUGAUAUUACGGCCAAGCGCAGUCGGCUUUUGGAGGAAUUAUACGAGCAGUGGCUUGCCGAGAAACCGCACCAUGACGCUAUGGCACUGGAGGCUUUCAUUGCGGCUGAAGAAUGUUCUCGCAAGGAGAUGAUUUCUGACGCAUUGAAUGAAUUACGUCAAACACUUGUGCUUCUUGAGGAAGACUACGAUGCCUCAAGGAGGCGUGAAGAGAAACGUCUGGCUACGGAAUUCGCAUUGGAGGCGGCGGCGCAACGAGAGGCGCAGAGACGUGAGGCAGAAAAUGCUCGUCUAGAGGAGGAGAGACGCAAGGAGGAGGAACGUUGCCUUGCCAUUGCAUACUGGGAUGAAAGAAAGAAGUCAAUGGAGCAACAGGUGGCACGACGUGAAGCGGAACUGAAACGCUUGCGUGAAGGUGUUUUUGAUGCCAUGACGUCGUUGAAUAUUUCCCUGGCGCUUAAAAAACAGGAGCCUGUGCUCCAGGCACGACAGCGGGCUGAGUAUCCAACAGCACAAUUUCGCUCCUGUGGUGUUGAUCUGCUACGGGAUCCCAGCUUGGGCUUGUGUGGAUUGCAAGAUGGCGUUACAGCAUCACCCUUCAGCAGUGCCUAUAACAAUGUCAAGAAGGCUCCGCUUCGCAGCUGCUCUCGACGGGAGAAUAUCACUAACGAAGAUAAAUUCAAACAAAUGGAUUCAUUUAGUGAGAAGGUACGACUGGGAAAAGAACGUGUUUGCCCCGGUCGUACCGGAUCACUGGAUAUUGUGCGUCGCCUUCGCCAUCUUCAGGCAAUGGGUGAAAAAUCGUUUGUCACCAAACCUGGCGACCUGGAAGAUUCAUUGGAUCCAUAUAGUCCGAAUUGGAAGCCACCCAUAGACGGCGUUGUGAGGUUUCCAGACGGUUUCUCCUGCAAUUUGAGAGAAGCCGCGUUGAACGGAAUAUCAAAUCAAAAAUCCGAGCGAUGUGACGGCACCAGUGGGCGUGGUCGCUACAUAUCGCAAAGUACGAUGGACUUUGGUUUUUGA